AGGAAGAAGAAACACAUGAAACACAAUUUCUCAACCUCUCAAUUUAUUCUAUUCUUUAUUUACAAUUUAUCUGUUGUUGUAGUAAAAGAAGGAGAACCCAUUUGUUAGAGCUUAGGACUAUGGCUGCAGACUUACUAUAGAGGAAACUAAUUGGAUUCGUUUUUUGCUUUUUUUGGGUUCUUUGAUUCUUUUGUAGGUGGUUGAAUUUGCUGGAGAGAUAUUGAUGGAGAUUGGAGGCGCUGAUUGUUCGCGGGCUGCUUCAAUUUCGGAUUGCCAUUGGAUUGAGAACUCCAGGACUUCAGAUUAGUGUAUCACUGAAGCCCUGAAGGUGUUCGAUAAAAUGGAGUAAUCUUUAACGACAACUUCUCAGAUUAACUCCAUCCAUUCAAAGAAUCUGUUGAAUUUGUAGAAGAAGAUGCCGACUAAUCUAUAAAUGAGAAGGAUUCUGGUGCUAUUGAAUCAGGGAUCAUGUUAGGAUACAGUGUGAUUCAGUUCUUUCACCCGACACACCCGAUGAUGAGCAAGGAGAGGGGAAGUGGACCAGUGUUCACCACUUCACAGUUAGUUCAGUCAUUCGAAGAGCCUCUUCGAUUUAUAGAGGAAGAAACUUUAGAUUUCGGGGAUGAGAAGGACUCGGGUACAAGUGAGGAAGGGCCCAGUGAAGGAUUACAGUAUUGCUCAGGUUUUUCGCCCAGUAUACCAUCGAGAGAGGAGCUAUUCGGAAAUCCAACAUGGAUUAGAGAUCACAAUGAGAGUGCACAAACUGAGAAUCAAGGGCUUGAGCUUGUGAGUUUGCUCACAUUGUGUGCUGAAUCGAUUAUAUCAGGAAACCGCGCAGCUAUAAACUUCUUUCUUUCCAGAUUGGGGGAGAUGGCGUCACCUAUAGGAAGCCCAAUUCAUCGAGUUGUAGCUUAUUUGACCGAAGCAUUGGCAUUGAGGGCAGUAAAGAUUUGGCCUCAAGUAUUCUCUAUAUCUCCACCGAGAGAGAUCACUGAUCAAAUUGAGCAUGAUGAUGAAGCGAUUGCGGUCAGGCUACUUAACCAAGUGAGCCCCAUUCCGAGAUUUCUCCAUUUCACGUUGAAUGAGAGAUUGCUCAGAGAAUUUGAAGGAAAAGAUAGGGUUCAUAUCAUAGACUUCGAUAUCAAGGAGGGUCUUCAAUGGCCCAGCUUGUUCCAAAGCUUAGCCUCGAGGCCUAAUCCACCAUCACACAUGAGGAUCACAGGGAUUGGAGAUUCAAGACAAGAUCUUCAAGAUACAGGAGCGAGGCUCAAAUCGUUAGCCGAGUCCUUGAACCUUCAAUUUGAGUUUCAUCCGGUUGUUGACAGAUUGGAGGAUGUCAGGCUUUGGAUGCUUCAUGUAAAAGAAGGGGAAUGUGUUGCAGUGAAUUGUGUACUUCAGCUUCACAAGGCGCUCUACGAUGAGAGCCAAGGGGCUCUAAUGAACCUACUAGGCCUAAUUCGGAGCACAAAUCCUUCGAUACUUCUGGUAGCUGAAGAAGAAUCUGAGCACAAUGACCCAAGAUGGGAGAUGAGGUUUGCUAACUCGUUGCAGUACUACGCCGCUAUUUUUGAUUCAUUGGAUUCAUUGGGUUCCAGCUUGGCGAGGAUCAAGAUUGAAGAGAUGUUUGCGAGAAGAAUAAGGAACAUAAUUGCUUGUGAGGCAAUGGAAAGGGUCGAGAGGCAUGAGAAAUUUGAAAGAUGGAGGGAAAUGAUCGAGGAUGGUGGAUUUAGAUGUCUGGAUUUGGGAGAAAAUGAGGCAAUUCAAAGCCGAAUGCUUCUAAGGAUGUAUUCAUCUGGUGAAAAUUAUAGUAUAGAGGAUAGAGAAAAUGCUCUUACUCUCAAAUGGUUUGAUCAAUCUCUAUACACAGUCUCAGCUUGGGCACCGAUCAGUUCUUCAUCCAGUCCCUCGAGUUGAUGGGUUCUAUACUAACUCCAAAGGUCUGCAUUUUACCUUUUGGACCUUUAGAAAUUCUUUGAUUCUUUAGAUAUUUCUACCCUUUAGACCUUUGACAAUUCUUUCAUUCUUUAGUUAUAAAGAUUUUACACCUUUAUUUUAGGUUGUUCAGAAGAUUUCAUGUCCAUUUGUUGCUAUUCUUUGAUUUUUAGUCUCUCAUUCAUAGAGAAAUAGAGGCAGAUUCUUUAAUCACUUUAGAAAUUUUUUUGUAAUAGUAUUUCAUAUACACAAAUUACAGAAUAUCAUGUCAAAUUGGAGGUCAAUAUUAAUGAAACAAUAUUUUUUAAUGUUCUUUCAUGAAAUUUGUCUAGUUCUUGCAUCUGUAUAUGCUAGUCAUGAAAUUUGUUUCUCUAUGAAAUGCGUUGACCGAAGAUAUUUUAUGUGCUUCAAUCAAUGAUUUACAUUCGAGGACUGAAAUGUUCGAGAGAGGAGAAGAUGGAGAUUGGGGGGUUGGGAUUCUUCUUCUUAAAUGCUUGGAUCGGUCUUUAUGUAUGAAGUCUUCAAAAAGGCUCCAAUUUGUUCUGUGGGCAUUUUCUCUACAUCUCAGCCAAGAUGCCAACUUUGAAGCUCCUGCACUUGCUCAUUCAUAAUUAACACAAGAAAGCCUGCUUUAUUUCCGGUGGGCCUUUGAAUAUUCUUUCAUUCUUCGGUUAGUUUGACGACUCCUUUGUACUUCAGAUGAUUCUUUAAUUCUUUGGUUGCUGUUAUAGCAAGAAGUUAAUUGAAAAAAUUGUGCAAAGUGAACCUCUGUUUAAGUUCUUCAAAGUAUUUUAGAGUCUAUUUGUUGUAUUCUUUGAUCUUUUCCCAUCUCAUACAAAGGGGAGAGAUGCAUAUUUUAUAAAGAAUUCUUUGAAUU